AUGAGUAAUAGAGGAACUUCACUGGAUUUUGUAUUUAGCAAUCUUUUAAGUGGUACAGACAGUGGUUCUACUAUUGAAUUUCUUCCUACAGGUGAUAAAUUGCUGAUUCCUCAAGGCAACAGGUUGGUUAUAUUCGAUUGUGCAAGAGGAGAAAGCAAGACACAUUACAUUGAACAUCCAGCGACUAUCACACAUGUAGCUGUUUCAGAUAAAGAUGAUUAUAUCGCUACAUCAGAUGCAAAAAACAAUCUUUUUAUUUCUCAACUUGGAUCAAACACUCUAUGCUACAGAAAACUAUUCAAAGAAGAAAUUACAGCUAUUGCAUUCGGUCCAGGCAAAACUGGACUGAUUGUUGGCUCACAAAAUAAAGUUAGAUUCUUCAAACAUCCUUCAGAAGUAAAUUCGCUUAAACCAUUUAUUAAAAAACGUCCACCAAUUGGUGAUCACCACUUUGCAUCUAUCAAUACCAUAGCUUUUUCACCAGAUGGAAAAUUAAUCGCUACAUGCUCAUCAGAUCUCUCUGUUCAUAUCAUGAUGACAGAGCCAAAUGAGAAUUUUGCUCCGAUUUCAUUAACAGGACAUCGUGGAAAGCCACUUUUUGCAUACUUUGAUAAAGAAAAUCCAAAACAAAUUACAACAUGCGGCGGUGAUGGUACACUCUUCGUUUGGGAGCUUGAUGAUGAGUUUAACAUCAAAAUUAUUAGCCGUCGUCGUCUUGAUGAAGAAGAUUUCGAUAAACCAAAGACAAAAUACCAAACGCUUUUAGUUGGCGCUUACAACGGUGAUGUAAUCAUUACUGAUGAUGGUAAUGGUACGUUUAAGACUUACGCAGUACCUUCUCUUACAAUGCCUGUUUUAUCUACAUUUACUGUCAGAUUUUCUACAGAAAAAGUCCAAGCUCUUGCCAUUUCCAAGCGAUUUGCAGCCUUUACAUCAGCCAAAUUGGGCGAAUUAAUCGUCUGGGACCUUCAAACAGGAAGUGUUGCUCAAAGAUCUCAAGGACACUACGGCGGUGUCUCAUGUUUCGCAUAUUCUCCAAACGGUAUCGUCAUUGCUACAGGUGGAGAUGACGGAAAGCUCAAAUUAUGGGAUUCUUACUCUGGAUCUUGUUUGAUGACAUUUGAUGAGCACAGAGCACCGAUCACUGAUGUUGCCUUUGGAGAGAGUGGUCGAACAGUUGUCACAUGCUCUUUGGAUGGGACUUGUAAAGCCUUCGACGUCGUUCGCGGAAAAUGUUUCAGAGAAAUGACAACAGAUGUACCUUCAGAGUUCACACAUGUUGCUAUCAAUCCGAAAUGCGAGAUAGUGGCCGCAAGUACUAAGUCCAACGCUACAAUUAUUUUAUGGGAUAUCUCAACUGGCAAAGUUCUUGAAGAACUGACCGGCCACACACAGCCAAUUUCAUCCCUAUGCUUCACGCCACUCAGCCAAUUGGUCUCUGGUUCAUGGGAUGGAACAAGUCGAAUUUGGGACUUCUUGGAGACACAAACAAGCCAACCAUACGAUGCACAUGGCGAAGUAACUGCUGUGGCUAUCUCUCCUGAUGGCAAAACCCUUGCAAUGGCAAACUCCAGUGGAAGAUUAAUUUUUUACUCAACACACGAUGAAUCAUUCCUUGGAGAAAUCAAUGUAACAGAGGAUGCAAGAGGUGGAAAGCUUAUUGAUGGCCAGAGAUCAGCUAAAAAUACAAGGUGGUUCUUCGAUAGUAUCGAUUUCUCACCAGAUGGCUCUUUCCUUGUUUGCGGUGGUCGUACAAAAUUUGUUUGUGUCUAUUCCGUCUCGAAUUUAGUUCUAAUGAGGAGAUUUGCCCAUACAAAGAAUACAGAAUAUUCCGGAGUCGAAGGAUACGUCCAGAAAUACCAUGGAAGUGGCAAAGCUGAAGAAGUCAUCAAAGCGCAAUUCGCAGAGAAGCCAGUUAUUACAGCAGCUGCAAAUGAAGUCAGAUGGUGUCCAACAGGAAGAGGAAUAAGCGCUGCUACUCCUGAAGGUUUGUUAGUUUAUGUCUCGGCCGAUCAAGUCAUAACAGACCCAAUUGAACUAGAAACAGAUGUAACUCCAGAUAAUGUCAGAGAAGCGAUCAAGAAAGGCGAAUACGUCUUGGCUGUGACAUUAGGAGUUAGAUUAGGCCACACAGAAAGAGAUUUGUUAAAGGAAUCAAUGUUAUCUGUUCCUGAUGACCAAAUUGAUUUCGUUUCAAAUCAUUUACCACUUAAAUAUGUCCCAGACUUCCUUCAAUUCCUUUCUGAACAAUUAAGAGAGUCCCAGGACGUUGAAUUGCUCAUCAAAUGGAUGAAAUCAGUUUUGAGAUUCCAUUCAAAGAGAUUGUCGCAAGAGAGCAGUGCUCCACAGACAGCACAUUUAAUACAGAAGGCAUUCGCAGGGAGAAUCGAUCCUGUUAAAGUCGUCGCAAGGCAAAACCUCGACACAUUGACUUUCCUCUGCUCACAGCCAGAACCAGAAAUAGAGUAA